CCAUUUUUAAAACUCUUUACAAAAUAUAUCCUUAGAUUCUAUUUAACUUAAUCUAGUCGAUGCUGGGUUACAAGCAUCCAUAUCCCUCGGCAUCAUCGCCCUCGUCUGAUGUGACCUUCUAUGCGAUUUCGUGUUGAUAUAACACGUUUUGUGUUUUAAGACCCGUUACACACACGUGUUAACAUGUUAAAGAUUGUUAUAUUGCGUUUGUGCUGUAUAUAGGUAGCUUUUAAUUAUGCCACGUGCUGAGGUUGGAAGCCAAAAAUGGCUUGCCAACAAGAUGAAGGCCAAGGGCCUUCAGAAGCUCAAGUGGUAUUGCCAAAUGUGUGAAAAGCAGUGUCGUGAUGAGAAUGGAUUUAAGUGUCACAGACUAUCGGAAGGUCACCAGCGUAUGAUGCAAGUUUUUUGUCAAAAUGCAGGUCGAUUUAUGGACGGCUUCUCUCGUGCUUUUGAGCAUGAGUUUAUGAAGUUGAUGCGCACUCGUUAUUGUAAAACGAAGAUAUUGGCUAAUUCCGUUUAUCAGGAAGUGAUUUCUGACAAGGAGCAUGUGCACAUGAAUGCAACCGUUUGGGUUACUCUAUCGGAAUUUGUACUUUACCUAGGUCGCAGCGGGAAGUGUAAGGUGGAAGAUUCUCCACGUGGUUGGAUGAUUGAGUAUAUUGAUCAGGAUCAAAUACGUCGUGACCAAGAUGCUGCAUCGCGGCGUAAACGGGAGAUCUCGUUGGAGCAGCGUCACCAGCGCUUGAUUCAGAAGAUGGUUGAGGAGGCUCGUGCUCGUGGUGGGUUCCAGGAGCCCGAGUAUACACCUUUAAUGAAAGACAGUGAUGAGAAGCUGUGCUUUGACACUAAUUUGGUCAAAUCUAAUUCUGAGCCGGCUCCUAAAAAUAGCGGCAACAUAUUCAAAGCCUUAUGUAAAAGUGCCAUAUCAAGCAAGGACCCUAAAAAGGAUGCGAGCAAAGGCUUAGGUGAAGCCACUAAUAAUCACGCUUCCACUGAGAUGUCUUCUGAAACAUCGGCAGACGGGUCAAAGAAUUGCCAGGUCACAUCAGUGGCAAAUUCGGAUAGUAGUUCAGGCGUGAAAAAUGCACCUCCUAAACGGAAAAGUGCCAUUGAAGAGUUGUUUGAAGAGCGUUUCAUGAAGCGCCAUGCCAAUGGUAGAGGAAACACUCCCGCAGUUGUUCCCCCAAAGGACGCUGAUUCUGCAUCUGGCAAUAACAGUUGGCUGAUGAGAGGAAUUCACGUGAAGGUUAUUUUAAAAAGCCACCCUCUGUACAAACACAAAUGCAGGGUUAUGAAUGUAGUUAAUGGCGGACGUCAGGCAGUGAUCCAGGAUGUGCAGGGUUCUAGCAACUACCAAAUAGACGUUGAUCAUAUUGAGACCGUGGUUCCCCCGGUAGGUGCCAACGUUGUGUUAUUGCGAGGCCCUAAUCGCGGGCGCACAGGCAAGCUCAUAUCAUCUACACCGUCCGAUCUGCAAGCUUCCAUAUCACUUGACAGCGGAGAAACCUUGGAAAUGGUUCAUUACGAUGAUUUCAGUCGUUGCGAUUGAAUGUUAUGUAGCAUUCUGUAUAAUACCACGCUCACGUCGCAUUUCAUCGGUUUUCCUAAUGCGCGAUUAAACAGA